AUUUAAAAAGUGGGAAUUUAUCGAUAGUAUUGGAGCUUUAUAAAUAAGUAUAUUUCAAAUUUAAUAUUUUCGCUACAAUUUUUAAUUUUAAUAAUUACGAUCUCCAGCUGCUUCAAGAAUUGGAAUAUGAUCAAAAUGGAGUCACUGCCAAAUAGAUCGAUAUUGUUCCGUAAUGUUACGUAUUGUUGCUGAUUUUUCUAUUUAUUGCAUGAUAAAUAGAGCAUGGAAUGGAUGGAUCAUGUCCACUUUUGCUUCCAUCCUUUGAGGAAAAGGACAAUUCUGAAACUUCAUAUUCAUCCCAAAAGAUUGGUUUAUAUAGACCAACAUCAGAUACUAUUGAUUUAGGAUAUCAUACAUUAGAUAAUAAUGCCUGCCGUUCAUCAUCUGCAUCAACUAUUAUACCAGUUCCAAUUAGACAACAAAUUUUAUUGCAACAGAAGUGCAUUUAUGUAACAGAUUUGUGUCAAUUGGAUGAUACUUUAUUAUUGAAGAUAUUUAGUUGGUUGGGUACCAGAGAUCUAUGUUCCAUUGCUCAAACUUGCAGACGUCUUUGGGAAAUAGCAUGGCAUCCAUCUCUUUGGAAAGAAGUAGAAAUAAGAUAUCCGCAAAAUGCAACAGUUGCAUUAAAUGCCUUAACCAGACGAGGAUGUCAUACAUAUAUUCGUCGUCUAAUAAUUGAAGGUGCUAUUGGUUUAACUGGAAUUUUUGCCCAAUUACCGUUUUUAAGCUUAACUUCAUUAGUUUUACGACAUUCUCGACGUGUUACAGACACAAAUGUGACAGUUAUCUUAGAUAAUUGCAUACAUCUAAAAGAAUUGGACUUAACAGGAUGUAUUAGUAUAACAAGAGCAUGUAGUCGAAUAACUACAUUACAAUUACAAUCAUUAGAUCUUAGUGAUUGUCAUGAUGUGGAAGAUUCUGGCUUAGUAUUGACAUUAUCUCGCAUGCCACAUCUUGCUUGUUUGUACUUACGACGAUGUGUGCGUAUAACUGAUGCAACUCUUAUUGCAAUUGCCUCUUAUUGUGGCAGUUUGCGUCAAUUAUCUGUUUCGGAUUGUGUAAAAAUCACUGAUUUUGGAGUACGUGAAUUAGCAGCACGUCUUGGCCCAUCUUUGCGUUAUUUUUCAGUAGGAAAAUGUGAUCGUGUAUCAGAUGCUGGUCUAUUAGUUGUUGCUAGGCAUUGUUAUAAAUUGAGAUAUUUAAAUGCUCGUGGCUGUGAAGCACUUAGUGAUAGUGCUACGUUAGCUUUGGCACGUGGAUGCCCACGUUUAAGAGCUCUUGAUAUAGGAAAAUGUGAUAUUGGUGAUGCAACUCUUGAAGCCCUUUCUACUGGUUGUCCAAAUUUGAAAAAAUUGUCUUUGUGUGGUUGUGAACGUGUCACAGAUGCUGGAUUAGAAGCAUUAGCAUAUUAUGUACGAGGAUUAAGACAACUCAAUAUUGGUGAAUGUUCUAGAGUUACAUGGGUUGGAUACAGAGCAGUAAAACAUUAUUGCCGUAGAUGCAUUAUAGAACACACAAAUCCUGGUUUUUCAAGCUGAGUCUUUUAAACUAUUUUUUACUAAUAUUAUUACAAUCUAUUUAUUAACAAUAUUUUUGUAUGUUUUAGUAUUUUAAAUAUCAAUUUGUAAAAAAGACGGCUAACACUAUAUAUAUAUAUAUAUAUAUAUAUAUAUGUAUGUAUAAUACGUGUCAUUUAUACGUAUAUUUUAUAUACAUUGUGUGAUUUGUAAUAUGCAAGGAAACAUUUCUCAUUAUUUAUUGAUUUUAUAACUUAAUAUACAAAAAUUAAUAUUAAAGUUCAAUGUAAUAUGUAUAUUUAUUUUAUAAAUAAACAUUUUUUUUAAUUU